AUGUGCUUCGGGGACUUCAACUUUGUGCUUAACGAAGAUGAAGCAUUAAGUGGUAAAAAUGGCAGCUCCUCAACAAACUAUCUCAAGGACUUGAUGUUCGAGGUCCAUGCUAUUGAUUUAGGAUACUCUGGUGGCAAAUACACUUGGGUGAAAGGUAAAUGGGGGAAUGCCGCAAUUAAAAGAAGACUGGAUCGAGGAAUUGCUAACAUUUCAAGGAGGCUAGCAUACCCGAGAGCAACAAUAACUCAUCUUGGUGCCAUAGGUCCUGAUCAUACUUCUAUUGUUCUCAACAUGAACCCUCAAUCCUGCUUUGCUCACCAACCUUUCAGAUUUGAGGUUGCCUAG